AUGCUAAAUCAUGGAGAUGGUAGUACUGCAGCUCUGGAUGUGCUUACCUCCUCAGCAGAUCUCACCAGAAAUGUGAUUUUGACAGAUCAGCAACAGGUGUUGCUGAGUGGAAUGCUGGUACCAGGAGUGACAGGAAACCAGGCAAUUCACAUCAACAUGACGCGUGAUGGAAGUAGUGGCAUGGAGGUGGAUGAAACAUCACAAGAUGAACAGGUAUUUGAACUCCGUCCAGUCAUAAGUAGGUCAAAUACAAUUUUCCAGAUGCAUACAAGAAUCUUUAAGACAGUAAGCAAUGUUUCCGCAACAUUAGGUUGGUCAGUUAGUACGCUGUAUCUCUGAGGCAUGCUUAAUUUUCAACUAAUCCAACCUCCAGCAGCUCACUGGUGAAAAUUUAUUUUGUCUGUAAGUAAACUUUUUCCUUUAAAAAUUUCAUGGUGACUUGAAUCAAGGUUUUAACAUACUGUCAUAUUAAUCUGAAAGUGAUGGGGUUUUAGAAAUAAGUAUGUUGAGUUUCUGUUUAUCUUUGUUGAUUAUUGUAAAAUUUUGAGUUCUGCUCCUAAUUUGGUGCUGGUGAAACUCGAAAUCUUCUUGUAAUUAAAAGCAAAUAUGUUACAGAGAAAUGAGAGUUUCUUGGUAGACCAGUGCAUUCGUAACGUUUGAUCUUUAGGACCUUUUGUGUUUUGUAUGUUAUUCAUGAGCAGUAGCUGAAUGAGUUAACCAUAUUAACCAGUUUAAUAGGCCGUCUUAGGGUGGGUAUGCUUUCCCUAGUUUGAUUUUCAAAACCAGUCGUUUCAUGCAUUGAGGAGGAAGCCAUGUCCCUGUUGGCAUUGUACAAUUUAUUAUUGUUUUUGCGCUUAAAUUGUCUUCAUCACUGUUGCAAUAUUAUUUCAACCCCUUGUGUUGUUUGUCACCAUUUUAUUUGUCUCAUGUCGCCAUUUCAAGGCCAUGUUGCUUGUCGCGAUUUUACCUGAGAAGGGCCUCGUUAGAGUCUCUGGCCAGAUCCUGGACAGAAUUGUGUUAUUGGUAUGGAAUUUAUUGGAUCAAAAUGCAAAUAAUGUCUCCCUAUUGUAAAAUGUCCCAGAUGGCAGAGAGCAGGUGACAAGUCAGGCUGUAUUCACAGGCUAGUCCAAGUUUUGUAUUUUCUUUAUUAUAACUCGUAAACAAGGUUCUCUGUAGACAAAAUCAGAUAUAAGUGUUAGACAUGCAGUAUGGUGCAGUAUUGCACAGUCACUAAUGAAAGAUAAUAACAUUGUUGUGGUAAUUUGCAUCAACAGGAGGAUGAGGAACAGUGUAGUGAUGGCAAACGCCAUGUGUGCCCACACCCUGACUGUAAUGUAGUGUGUUCCAAAGCAUCUAAAUUGAAGCUUCAUAUGCUAGUGCAUACAGGGGAAAGGCCCUUCAAGGUAUCUAAGAAAUUAAAAAAAAAAAAAAGUCUUCUAUUUUGAGAUUUGUAAAAUUUGGCACAUCAUAACAAAUGGUCGCCUAGUUGGAUUUCGUUGAUCAAAUUAAGGCCUUUUUUAUUGAUUUCAGUGUCCUCAAGAAGGGUGUGAAUGGGCAUUCACAACAUCAUACAAAUUGAAGAGGCACGCUCGAGGCCACACUGGAGAGAAGCCAUUUCUGGUAGGUUUUUUGCACAGCCUUAUUUGGUUUUAACAGAUCGACGCCACACGCUCAAUUUUCAAGUACUAAGGGUAAAUGUAGUAUAUACUUGACCUCUACUUCUGUUGUUGUGGACAGAUAGGUGGGAACCACAGAAAAGAAGGGAAGGAUUUAGUCUAGAUGAAGUCUAGCCUGUGCCAGACUCUGAGAUAGUUGGGAUGUUGCAAAAUUAUAACAAGCCAAGCAAAAAUAUGAUGUGUGCAAUCUGAGGAAGGGAAAGUGGCUCUCUUUCCCCAAUCCUUAAGCAUUUUUACUGCAAAACCUCACAUUACUAUCUUGGAGCCUAGAAGAGGCUUCCUGAAGCCUGGAGAGUUAAGCAGGGUGCAAAGAAAGUCAGUUUUACAGUCUGCCAUUUGGGCAAGCUGUAGUUAGCAUGUACUAGACCACAAGCCAUUUCAACUAGCCCCAAAACCCUUUUUAAUUAGCAGGAUUGAUUACAAUCCUUCUGUAAUUUGAAUUUCCCCAAAAGACAGCACUUGCCUUCAGGCAAGUUACGAAAAAUCACUAGCCCGAUAGCAAAAUCCACUACACAACUUUCUCUGCAUGCUGUCAAGAGAGUUGAUUACCGGUAUCUUUUAAAAGCCUGGAUUUGAUUGUAGGAUAUAAAAAUGUUGCAAAUUGGAUGACUGGUGGACUUUUUUUAUUUAACAGUGCACCCAUGAAGGAUGUGGCAAGUGUUUCACCACUGCUUACAACUUGAAGACACAUGUCAGAGCCCACUAUAGAACAGACACCCACAUGUGCAGAUACGAAGGCUGUGACAAGACAUUUCCUACAGCACACAAGCUAAAAGUUCACGAAAGAAGACAUCAAACAGAGAACAAGCCAUAUAAAUGCGAAAUGGAGGGUUGCGGUAAGGUGUUCUCUGCCAAUGGGACUUUAACAGCCCACAUGAAGAUUCACAGUGGAGAAAGACCACAUGCAUGCCCUGUAGAUGGAUGUGAGAAAAGGUUUACAAAGGCAUCGAAGUUAAAGCUGCAUUUGAGGUCACAUACGGGUGAAAGGCCAUUUCACUGUGAAGUACAGGUAUGACUAUCAUAUGUUUACAGUCAAACCUCUCUCUAUGUCUCACUUCACCACAGUGUAUAAAUGAGUGCCGACUGCACACUGGUGGGUAUAACCCUGCGAUAGACUAGCUUUCUAUCCAGUAGGGACUGGUAAUACCUCUGUUAUACUUGCCAAGUGUCACGCCUAAGGCGUGAUUGUCACGCCUGCAGAUCGAAAACUUGGAUCUCACACCUACUCUCACCUGUGGUAACGUCUUCGGAAGUCUUCAGAUCUUCUUCGGACAUCUUCGGAUAUUAUCGGACCCUACAAAAAAUCUUGGCACUCUUAAGGUAAAAAAUGUCACGCCUGUAAACGUAAAAAGUUGGCAGGUAUACCCUGUGUUCUUCCGUUAUACACUCUGGCCUUAUGGGCCUCUUUGGCUCAAGGUGCCCUUUAACCAUUUUUACCCUACAUGUAUUUUAGAUACCCUACUCCCCUAAAUGUCUCUCUUUCCUGUCUGACAGUGAUUGUUGUAGAGAUUUGAUUCAUCUCACAGUGUCUUUUUUGUUCAGGGAUGUGGCUGGUCUUUCACAAGUGCUUAUAAACUUAAGCGGCAUAUGCGGAAACACACAGGAGAGAGACCAUUUAUGUGCCUCCAUGAAGGCUGCCUUAAAUCAUUCACAAGAUCAAGUCAUUUAAAGACCCACAUGCUUGUCCAUACAGGAGAAAAACCUUAUGUUUGCCCUGUGGACGGUAAGGUUGUUUUCCUAAAUGAAGUUUAUUAUGCGUACCUUUUUUUGCCAAUUAUCUCUUUACAAUAAAAAAAGGAUGUGCAAAAACCUUCUCUUGGAAAUUGAAUGGGACACAAUAAUCUCUCCUCAAGCACUGGAGACAAAAUGUUAAUUUUAAUUUUAAGAAUUGAUGCUAUUCAGUCAUUCAUAGCCAUGUACCAUACUCUGAGAAAUCACAAUAACUUUAUUUUUUUCCUAGAGACUGAAAUUCAAGUCUUGCAAAAUUUGAAUUUCCCAUUACUGCGAAUUUGAGGUGCCCACCAAAACUGGAUAACUUUUAAACUGUUCAUGAUCCCCUAUUUUUCCAUAAAGAUAGUUGUCAUUGAGUACUUAUCAUUACGGGUCAGGGUGGCUAGUUUGGUCCCAUGUAGCGAGGGGGUGGGUGUCAGAAUUUAUAGUAGUAUGAGGGAGGGAGGUGAGAAAAACAGAAAUAUUUUAUUAUGUUAUUUAUACUACUAUAUGAAAAAUUUCUGCAAUUUGAUUGGCUUAGAGCAGUGGUAUUUCAGCUUAAUUUGAAAUACCUACAUGUAAAAAUUACAAACCUUUUGCGGGUCAUAGUAUAAACAAAUAAUAGCAUGAUUUGCACGUGAUAUUUGGCAUAAAUACCACUUGUGAUAUUUCAAACUUGUCUCAAAUUUCACUCGCCUAACGGCGCGUGAAAUUACGUAUAACAAUUUCAAAUAUCACUUGUGUUAUUUAUGCCAAAUAUCACUAAAAUCAUGCUAUUACCUAUACUAAUAAAAUUUACUAAAAGUUGUUCUCGCCUCUUCCCAACCAUAGAUCCCCUGCUCCCAAAGUAAAUUUGAAAUGGUACAUUUGAAACUUGAUUCUGACAAUCUUAUAGAAAAACAGCAGACUGUGAACAGUCUGGAUAGUUAGCAAGAGACUAUUCACAUGACUUUCAUUCAGGAAAGAGUUCACCCAAUCUUAAUAUAAUUUUUCUGCAUUUGUUUACAUGAUGCUGAAACAACCUUUUGGUUCCCACACAAGUCAUUCCGGUUUUCAAUCCGAAUGAAUGAAAUUCUUGUUCUGGUAUGAAAUUUCAUUCUGGUAUCAUGUAAACUGAAAACGAACUUCAUUCUGGAUUGUAAACAGUGUCUAAAUCACAAAUUGUGUAGUCUGGGGUAAGUGGCACAUGCGUAUCUGAUGUGAUGCAAAAACCAUGCAAGCAAGAAUAAGCCAAACCAGUGAAUUUUAUGAUGUGAAUGCAUUACGAACUUCAUUCUGGAAUUAAACUCAUUCCCGAAUGAAAGUCAUUCUGGUAUCAUAUAAACAGCCCCUAAGAUAGAGAAGUUUAAUGUGCCUGUUUAUUUUUUUUAAGGGUGCAACAAGGCAUUUACUGCAGGAAGUAGUCUUAAUGUACACAUGUGUAAACACACUGGUGAGAAACCAUUCAAGUGUGAUUUUGAUGGUUGUGCAAAGACCUACACCACUGCUGCUAACUUAAGGGCCCAUCAAAAGCGACAUGGAAUGAAGGCCGUAGUGGGUAAGAACUUAUACAUGAAGUUGUGCCAAUAAAGUUAAUGCUCUCGCCUAUAAAGAAUGAAAUCAACAUUUGGACAUUCAAUUACCUGUACUAUUCAUAUGGAUAAAAAGAGAUUUUGAAGCAUGCGCAAGUUAGGGUACUUUUGGUGCUUACCUGUUGAUAGAAAAACUUGAAUUGGUUAGGUUGCCCAGUGCAUGAUGAUAUACACUUUAUCUGCUGCCUGCAGAAAUAGCUUUUCUGUUACGCUUUGAACUCAACAAAGGCAUGAAUAAAAAGCUUAAAGGAAAAUGUAAAACAAGUGGUAAGCGAUAUUCCAUUUGGCAGCUGUAACCACAUGACCUCCUUCAAGUUUGUUAUUGUUCUGUCUUUGUCCCCUACCUUUCCUCCUUGCUCUAAAUGUUCUUUAUUAUACUGUGGUUACAUUUUCUACCUUCCUUUUUUUCCUACAGUUGAUUUCAAUGAUGCUUCCCAAGGUGACAUGCCUGCAGAGCUUGGUGUAGUUAGCUGCGGGAGCAAUGCUAGUGAAACAGAACCCGAAGUCAUGUACACCACCAUUGGUUCUUUCCACCCAAGCAAUUUUAACCUUGAUGAUGCUGCACGUCUUUCAGCAGUUGGUAUUCAUAUACCCGCUUCAUUGCAGCCAAACACAUUGUGUGCCCUGGUUACUUCCACAGGCAACUCACUUUCCACAGGCAUCCCACUUGUGUCUCCUUCGACUGAACUUGCAUUGGAAACAGAAAAGAAACAGUCAGAAGAUGGAGAAAUGAAGGAAGCAAGUAUAUCAGGAAUUCAAGUGCCAAUCUCAGUUCAACAAGAGCAAUUUGUUACCGAGGACCUAGAAAAUAAUACAAAACUUGAUGUAACGGAGUUCGUCGUGAGAAGUACUAGUGAUGACACAAUUUCACCUGCCGCCCAGGUAAGGACAGAGGUGGUUGGAGUGGACGGAACCAAGCUCUCUGGAAACUUUGAUUUGUGUAUAACCAGCAUGAUGAGUCAUAUAACAAGUGAAGCGGGACAAGAUGGAACUGGAGGACACCCUGCUGUUAAAAGUGUUGUGUCAUCAGGUCGGUCUCGUAAAAGGUCCAGAACUCUUGACUUUCGAGAUGUUCACCCUGAGGAUCAGUUUGCGCCGCCUGCUGUUAUAUUUCAGGUUUGUUUGUAAGUUUCGUAUGUUAAGCCAUUCGCCCCUGAACCUCCCGUGUGUAUCCGAGUCCCUUCUACAGCUUGUGACGUCAUCAGGACAACUUUGUCAUCUCACUUGUGCAGGGUGAAGAGAUCUUCAAACCAUAUCAGAAUGAACAAGAUCCAGUCAAGGAGGCCGGAGAAAAGGGCAAAAAACACGUAACGUUAACCUGAAAAUUCCUCUUGUUCCACUACCCGCCGACCUUUCCUUUCAUCUAAUCGCAAGAUCCUAAAUGCUUUCCUAAAUUAAAAGCUUUUCCCACCAAAAUGAAGCCUUCUAAAAUGCCCAGUAAAAGAAAAAAAAGUGGAGGAAGAAAAGCAGAAGAAGAGUGGAGGAGAUAAAUUUUGCUUUCUGCGCAUACCUGAGCUUCAAAAGCUAUUCGCUUGCAUCUGGAUCCUUGGCUUCUUAACGUAAGACAUUUCAUAAACCUUCAUUUUGAGCUCCUGAAGUUGCAUAAUUAUUAUGCCAAAAAAAAGCGAUUGUAAUUUGACAUCUGUUGGUUUGCAGGAUGAAGUCAAGUCCUCAGACACUGAAAAUGAGGCUGACGUCUUAGUGGCUCAAAUCCAGCAGUCCCCUGAGGGAAUUGCCACGGUUCAUAUUCCCAGGGAUUCGUUUCAAAUCAAUUUAUCCCACGGACCAGUAACUGAUUCAACAACAGCUCAUGUACCGGAAGUGGAACAUGUGGAUGUCAAUACAUGUGGUAACCAUGGUAACACCAUUGAGAUUCCUUUAGAAUCUAGUUCAACGCUACCCGGUGCGUCUGCGCAAAGUGAAGUUAUGGAAAAAGAAGGCUUAUCUCCAUAUAUGGACAAUCAAAGCUCUUCAGAGCAAGACGAAGGGAACGGAGACACUUAUCCAGAAAGCACAAUUAAUUUACAAGACCUCCGAUAAUAUAUGCAUAAUUCAUAGCAACAACAGUUGUAUACUGUAAAUAAUUUUUCUUUCUAGCUCCAUUUAAUAAUUUAUUUAGUAGCCUUAUUUAAAGAGGUUAAUUGUCGAAAUUAGAAAUAGCGUUGGAAAACGUCAAAAAUUCAUCACAAAGAAUCGAUUAUCGACAGUCAAAUUGUAUCGGCUAUCUUUACAGGGCGUAGCUAAAGAGAGAAGACGCUGGUCAUCACCUAGCCUGCAUAACAGGCUGGCAAAUAUAUGUAUUAGACUCUGAAAAUUGACUGAUGUCAGUUACAGAAAGUAUAAAAUCAAGUGCCGGUAUACGGAAUACUGAUAAUAUUAAGUAUCAAGUAUUUCCUCACGUUAUUGACAAAUUUCUAAGUCAGAUCUUUUUUUAUGUUUGUUUUUUUAAAAAACAAAAAAAUAAAACUACCUGCAAAUGACCAAAUAGCUUUUCGCGACGUUUCACCUUAUCAUUCGGCUUAGAGCACUUGAGUCAGUGAUAUAAUUUUGAUGGAGAAAAACAAAGACUGUAACUAUAAAUAGACCUGAUGAAGAGAGAACUGAUAAACAGCCCUUAACAACUGUUCUUAGAUCCAUCUACCAACAUGGCGGC